UCGUCCCAGUCCCUGCUUUCCAGCCCGGCCCCUGCCCCGCCCUGACCCAAACCGGCCCAGACGCCAUGGAGAGCUGGCCCUGGCCGUCGGGCGGCGCCUGGCUGCUCGUGGCGGCCCGUGCGCUGCUGCAGCUGCUGCGCGCAGACCUGCGUCUGGGCCGCCCGCUGCUGGCGGCGCUGGCGCUUCUGGCCGCGCUCGACUGGCUGUGCCAGCGCCUGCUGCCCCCGCUGGCCGCACUUGUCGUGCUGGCUGCCGCGGGUUGGAUCGCGUUGUCCCGCUUGGCGCGGCCGCAACGCCUGCCGGUGGCGACUCGCGCGGUGCUCAUCACCGGCUGUGACUCCGGUUUUGGCAAAGCGACUGCCAAGAAGCUGGAUGCCAUGGGCUUCACAGUGCUGGCCACCGUGUUGGAGUUGGAUAGCCCUGGUGCCCAAGAGCUGCGUGCUUGCUGUUCCCCUCGUCUGAAGUUGCUGCAGAUGGACCUGACCAAGCCAGCAGACAUUAGCCGCGUGCUGGAGUUCACCAAGGUCCACACUGCCAGCACAGGUCUGUGGGGCCUGGUCAACAAUGCAGGCCACAACAUCCUUGUGGCAGAUGCAGAGCUGUCUCCAGUGGCCACGUACCGCAGCUGCAUGGAGGUGAAUUUUUUUGGUACCCUUGAGAUGACCAAAGCCCUCUUGCCACUGCUGCGCCGGUCGAGCGGUCGCAUUGUGACUGUGAGCAGUCCAGCAGGAGAUAUGCCAUUUCCGUGCUUGUCUGCCUACGGGACCUCCAAAGCGGCUGUGGCAUUGCUCAUGGACUCUUUCAGCUGUGAACUUCAGCCCUGGGGGGUCAAGGUCAGCGUCAUCCAGCCUGCCUGCUUCAGGACGGAGGCAGUGAAAAACGUGGACCAGUGGGAAGAGCGCAAGCGGCAGCUGCUGGCCACUCUGCCCCAAGAGCUGCUACAGGCCUAUGGUGAGGACUACAUCGAGCACUUGAAUGGGCAAUUUCUGCACUCUCUGAGCCAGGGGCUGCCAGACCUCAGCCCGGUUGUAGAUGCCAUCACUGACGCACUGCUGGCGGCUAAGCCGCGCCACCGCUAUUACCCUGGCCAUGGCCUGGGGCUCAUGUACUUCAUCCACUACUACCUGCCAGAGGGCCUGCGACGCCGUUUCCUGCAGUCCUUCUUCAUCAGUCCCUAUGUGCCCAGAGCACUGAGGCUUGGCCAGCCCAGCCAUACCUCUGCCCAGGAUCCAGGCCCAAACCUGGGCUCUGCCCCCACCGCUCAAUGAGCAGCGCGCACAUAGAGCGCCUCCAUCAGAGGAGGUCCCAUGUCCUUGGCCCUCCCCUGGGCAUUCUAUCCCUCAGGUCUGCCCUAGAGCCUGGCCUAAAGGAUCCCAACCCCACUCA